GCUGAGCAAACCACUACCCAGAAGAGAACCUUGGGGCUGUGACAUCCAUCUUGUAAGUGGUGUAAGAUACCGAGGAGGAAGAAGAAGAAGGAAAUGAUUACCAGAGAAACAGGGCAGCCGCGGUUGCUGUUGCUGUUGCUGCUCAUGUACGUGUUGUCACCACCCAUGACAGAAGCACCAAUGCUCAUUCACAAUGGGAAGGCACCCAGCGACCUGCAUCCGGUCGUCCUGGUUCCAGGCAUGGGAGGCAAUCAGCUGGAGGCCAGGCUGACCGGCGCCUACAAGCCGUCCGGGGCGUUCUGCCGGCCUUCCACUGGCACUAAGAAGUGGUUCAACCUGUGGUUGGAUCUCUCAACCCUCCUCUUCCCUCCCUUCACAAGAUGCUUUUCCGAUCGCAUGUCCCUCUUCUACGAUCCACAGACCGACACGUACCAAAAUGCACCGGGAGUGGAGACGAGGGUUCCUCAUUUCGGUUCCACUCGAGCCCUCGAAUACCUCAGCCUCGGCUUCCAACAGCAUGUGACCUCAUACAUGGCACCUCUGGUUAAAGCUCUCGAAGAAAUUGGGUACAUCGACGAGCAGACUCUGUUCGGUGCGCCCUACGAUUUUCGGCAUGGCCCCGGCAACGUUCGUUCUCCGUCGGUGGGCUCACAGUUCUUGGCAGAUCUCAAGGGUUUGGUGGAGAAGGCAAGCUCCUCUAAUGGCGGCAAGAAAGUGAUCAUAAUAAGCCACAGCCUUGGAGGACUCUGGACCCUCCAUCUCCUCAAUAGAAGCCCCUUGACAUGGCGCCAGAAAUACGUGCGACACUUCAUUGCUUUGACCCCACCCUGGGCCGGCACCGUCCAAGAGCUGCUCGCCCUUGCCUCAGGCUACACGCUGGGCCUGCCCCUGGUGAAUCCGUUGCUUGUCAGGGCACAGCAGCGGCGCUCCGAGAGCAACCUCUGGCUUCUCCCUUCCCCACCGACGUUCCGGCAUAAACCUCUAGUGAUCACGCCGUACCAGACGUAUUUGGCUUCCAACUUGUCGGAAUUCCUCGCCGAUAUCGGGUUUCCGGAGGGAAUGCAUCCUUACCGGUCGCGCAUUCUGCCGUUGAUGUCUGACCAGCUAGCGGCGCCGCUGGUGCCUGUCACUCUCAUGGUCGGAACGGAGGUGGAGACACCCGAGGCUCUGGUUUACGACGAGCAAGGGUUUGAUAAGCAGCCUGAGAUUGUCUUCGGAGAUGGCGACGGAACUGUCAACCUGAAAAGCAUGCUGGCGGUGGUAUCUGCGUGGGAAGGCGUAGAGAAUCAGUCGCUGAAGGUGACGAAGCUGCGUCGCGUUUCUCAUCUGUCCGUUUUGAAAGAUGAGUUCUCCGUUAGGGAAAUUCUUCAGGAGGUUUCAUCCAUAAACCAUUCUCUUGCUUGAAACGAAGUUGGUUUGUCGAUUGUGAGUGGAUCAUGUUUGAUGAUCAAUAAUAUAUAAGAAGCUUCAAUUUCUGAGAGGCCAAGCUAAGUCCG